UGAAUCCUAUUGGUUCAAAUUACCCAGGCAAUGGUCUUAUGGGCGGGGCUUAUCUCCCUUAGCGGUUACAAAAUAAGAGAUACUUGUUCCGUUUUCCAUCGGGUCUAGAGCCUCCUGCUCCGUGUAAACUGACCGCUGCUGCUGGAUUUGACAAUUGCAGUUACCAUGGAGACCACCAGGAGGCGCGCGCAGCAGGCGUCCAAUGGGAAAGCGUCUGAGCACGUGGAGCAGUCAGCACAGUGGGGCAGAGCAUGGGAGGUGGACUGGUUCUCCCUCAUCAGUGUGGUGGGUCUCCUCAUCUUUGCUCCCUUCAUCGUCUUCUACUUCGUGAUGGCCUGUGAUCAGUUCGAGUGCUCCGUCAGCGAGCCUUUGCUGCAGCUCUAUCGAGGAGACGUGAACCUGCUUUCCAUCUGGGCCCGGGCCCCCUCCUUCACCUGGACGGCGGCUAAAAUAUAUGCCAUCUGGGUGGGCUUCCAGGUCUUCCUCUACUUGUGUGUUCCUGAUGUGACCCACAAGUUUAUUCCAGGUUACGUUGGGGGGGUUCAGGAUGGAGCACGAACCCCUGCAGGUCUUAUUAACAAGUAUGAGAUCAACGGGCUGCAGUGCUGGCUGAUCACGCAUGCUCUGUGGUUUGCCAACGCCCACUACUUCCACUGGUUUUCUCCCACCAUCAUCUUCGAUAACUGGAUCCCUCUGAUGUGGUGCACCAAUCUCCUCGGCUACGCCGUGUCCACGUUCGCCUUCGUCAAGGCGUAUAUUUUCCCCACCAACCCCGAGGACUGCAAGUUCACAGGAAACGUCUUCUACAACUACAUGAUGGGCAUCGAGUUCAACCCGCGCAUCGGCAAGUGGUUCGACUUCAAGCUGUUCUUCAACGGCAGACCCGGCAUCGUGGCCUGGACUCUGAUCAAUCUGUCCUACAUGUCCAAGCAGCAAGAGCUGUACGGAACCGUCACCAACUCCAUGAUUCUGGUCAACAUCCUCCAGGGGAUUUACGUGUUGGAUUUCUUCUGGAAUGAAGCGUGGUACCUGAAGACCAUCGACAUCUGUCACGACCACUUCGGAUGGUACCUGGGCUGGGGGGACUGCGUGUGGCUGCCGUACCUGUACACUCUGCAGGGCCUGUACCUGGUUUAUCACCCCGUCCAGCUCUCUGACGCUCACGCCCUGGCAGUCCUGCUGCUCGGCCUCCUGGGAUACUAUAUAUUCCGCUCCACCAACCACCAGAAGGACCUCUUCCGUCGCCAAGAUGGCUCCUGCACAAUCUGGGGCCGCAAGGCGUCCUUCAUCGAGUGUUCGUACCGCUCGGCCGACGGCGGGUUGCACCGCAGCAAGCUCCUGACAUCAGGCUUCUGGGGCGUGGCCCGCCACUUCAACUACACCGGGGACCUGAUGGGCUCGCUGGCUUACUGCGCCGCCUGCGGGUUCGGCCACAUACUGCCGUACUUCUACAUCGUUUACAUGACCAUCCUGCUGGUCCACCGCUGCGUGCGCGACGAACACCGCUGCAGCAGCAAGUACGGGAAAGACUGGAAACGCUACACAGACGCCGUUCCUUACAGACUGAUUCCUGGAGUGUUCUAGAGAGAGCAGGAGGGGGGAACCAGGAUUCAGUCUCCACCGGUUGCCUUUAAGAAGGGGGUGCGUUAGACCUCUGCACACACACAAACCCAGCUCCAGAAGGGAGUGAGGGUGUGGAAGACACCACAAUGCAAGAAAUAAUCCCAGUUUUCUAGAGCAAACAUUUAACUUCAGUCAUGUUCUAUGUAAGACUGAUAAAAAAACGACUCAGAGUUGACCAAUGAUCAAACUAGAGGAUCCAAGGGACGUUUUUCUACCUCACUCCUGAAGAAUCUUCAUAAAAUAAAACCUAUAAAUCUAAAACACCUCCAGAAAUACCAGUUUAAACCUGCUGGGAGGAAUCAGAACCACCUGGACCAAAGCUCACGAAGCAGAAACUGAUCCGAUUUCUCUUGGAUUCAUGCUGCCUCCUUUCAGGGUUUAGAGGAGGAACGCUCAGCUCAGUUUAAAAUCUGUCUUUUCUCAGACCUUUAAAGAUAAAAAUCUCCCUUAGAAAAUGUGAGAUCUCUUCUGUGUCUUUGAGGUAUUUGAACUUUUUAUAUUUACUGUAGAUUUUGUAAAACAAAAUCUUAAAACGUUCUCAUAAUUAACCCAAAAGCAGACUUUGAACACCUUUAAAGUGUCUUUAAAUCCUCCAUAAAUGGAUAUUUUUUCUGUUUGAUGUAACUUAACAUCAAAGCUGUCAUGAUGGAAAAGAUCACAUUUUAAAACUGUGCAUGUUGAACCGAGCAAUGACAACGUUUUAGUACAUUUUACAUUUUAACCUGCAUGUAUGAAUGUUCUUGUGUACUGUCUUUCUGCUCAUGGUCGAAAGUGUUGUUUAAAUUCUCAAAAAAAGUAAACUUUCUCAGAAAUGCUAAAUUGCAUGUAAACCUGACAUUUCUACAGUUCUCUGCCUUCUCCUUCCUAUUGUGAACUACGUCUUGAAGACAAAAUCUUGCAGUUUGUGGAGGAAAAAGAUCUCAAAGCAGCUGCAGACCAAACUCUGCAGUGAUGAUCUUCAGAGCAAAGCUCCAGCUUUUGCAAAAAUACAGUAAAAGUGUGAAAAACUGAGACCAAGAAUCUGUGAUGAAAACAGGAAGUUCAGGUUUAAAGUUCUCUGGUUCUGUUAGCGUUUCUUCACUCUUUGGUCAUUGAUGAAACCUCCAGUUUGGACCACAGAAAUGUUUUCAAUCAUGUAUUGUCCUUUUUAGGAGAAAAGUCUUAAAGCUCGGAUUAGAUACUGAUGAAAUAUAUUUGAACAACACUUACAGUAUCAAUGAUAAAAGUCAUUUUUAAUA